GUCGCGCGCUCAGUCGUGCGGUGGCUCGUGCGAGCGAGGAUGUCCGUGAACGAGGCGCGUGUGUUCCGACCGUUCAAGCUGAUCGCGCUGCUCUGCGUGUUCCUCGCGCUCUGCCUGGACAUCGUGGCGCUCGUGAGCCCCGCGUGGGUGACGGCGGACGGCUUCGCGCUGUCCCUGUGGGAGUCCUGCUGGAAGAGCGAGGCGGACUGGCGCUGCAAGUCCACGCUCACGUCCGACUGGCAGAUCGCGACGUUGGUGUUGUUGUUAGCUGGGGCGUCGGUGACGUUGGUGGCGUUUCUCGUGGCUCUGAUCUCUCUGUGUAGAGGAACACACCGGAAACACUACCGCACCAUCGCUGUGUUUCUCUUCACUGCAGUGGUUCUGCAGGCCUGCGCUCUGGUGCUCUACCCAAUCAAAUUCAUCGAUGGAAAAAUGCUCCAGACCUAUCACGAGUUUAACUGGGGUUACGGCCUGGGCUGGGGGGCUACCAUCUUCAUGCUGGGCGGGGGGAUUCUGCUGUGUCUCCGAACAGACAUGUAUGAGGACGGCAUGUACUGAAGCCUCAACACGACAACAAAUGAAUACAAGAUGGGUUAAAGUCCAGGCUGUACAUAACACACACGCACACACACACACGCACACACACACGCACACACACACACACACACACACACAGAUGCUGUACACUAGGGCUGUCACUGUACAUUAAAAAUACAUUCAACUAACAGUACGAACAGUAAAAUUGAACAAUAUCUUCAAAAAAAAUUCUAUUACAAAAUACUUCAUUAUCCUUUUUAUUAGCCACUGAUGGAGUCCAUGACUGUAGCUCUUGUUCAAAUACAGCUUUGAAUUAGCUUUUAAAGCAAAACCUUCAGCUCCUUCAGCAGACCAUGCUGGACAGAGGCUCACAGAGAACUAUGGAUAAAUUAACUAGCAGCAAACUCCUCCAGUUCCCCUCAAGUCCUUCAGUCCUUAGUGACUUCCUGAGUGUCCGUCGGUCAGUUUCACACAGAAUGUAGACGGACUCACAAAACCAGCAGCUCCACAUGGUGAGAGGCAGAUGACGUGUAUCUCAGCCCCUCUUCACAGGCUCAUAACUCCGGAUGUGAGUCUCGUAGGAUCUCGUGAUGAGAUGGAAUUGAAAGGGCAGCUCUACGGAUUCAGGAAGGGUUUGGACCGGAUUUCUGAGCUGGAUCAUCACGAAGACACACACAGAUAUAGAAGCAGGGAAUUUGAUGUGCGGGCGAGUUUGUGGACCAAAGGGUUAAUAAAAGUAAUGAAUAAUUUCUGAUUAAACUCAUAUGUUGAGCACAUAAGAGACAAAUGCGAUUCAUGAAGAGUCACUAAAAUAAUAUGUUGCAGGAAUGUUUGCCAAUUUAUUAGGAAAGUCAGUUUAAACCUGAAGUAUUUGUGACAGUCCUACUGUAUACUAUACACAUGUACAGCAGAAGGACAAUGAGGGCUUUGAAAACUUUGUUUAUUUCUGAGAACUGCAGGUCAUUCGUCUACAGGAUACCAUACAGAGCAUCAAGGACAUCAUGAACAAUACCUGGGCCUGCAGCUCCGGUUUACACACAUCUUUCACGCCAUUGUGAAGGGUUAUGAGUACAAAAAGCCAUGUUCUGGAGUCAUUUAUCCAGUGAAAUUGCCUUAUUUCAGGGGCAGAUAGUUUUACUUGUUUGCUUGAAGUAACUAAGCUGAUCUGCUGAUGGAACUAGACUCUUUCACUCAGUAAAAUUGAUAAAAACGUCUAGAAGGUCACCACAGAGUGAAGAUAAACCUGUGAUUUUCGUCUAAUUUCCCAAACGUACUGAUUGCGCUGCAGACUACAGUAUGUUGUGCAUUCAGAUCUACAGAACAUCUCUGGAGUCAGUCAGCGCUCUGUAUGGAUGUACGAGCUGGAGGAGAAAGGGAGCGCUGAAAACAAAUAACCUCUCAGCUCCAGCCAGACAAUGGAGAGCGCUAACAAGACAGGGAAAAGUUGAGGCCACCGCCCCCGGACAGCGUUCAAAAAUCCAAAAAAUUUGUUUUUAAUAGAGGUUUGCGCAGCAAACGGCGACACUCUGAGUAGACAUGCAGUGGAGCUCGCGACUCCAGCAGCCGGUCUUUUAGGAAAACACACCAAUGCCAAUGCUACAUUACCUCAGCUAACGCUACUAGCCUUGUCUUUUUCAGCUACCAGCUUCUAAACAGCCAGUCUGCGAAGAGACGGUGAAUGAAGCGUGAUGAGAUGCUGAACACUGUAUUUCACUCAGUUUUAUAGGUAGACUAAAAAUGAACUUGAGCGCCUCUGCUGGUGUUUUAGAGCAGCACUCUGCUACCUGGUGCUACAGCCUUCUGUAGCCGGGAGUCCAAGAGAGCACAGUUGGCCUUCACCUUCUUAGUGUUGGUGGUAUCAUAUGAUGGGGGAGUCCUAAUUAGUGAGGGGGAUUUGGAGGACUAAACUGUGGCAAACAAUUGGGAUGAUACGUGUCGCGGCGCAUCCGGUGUGUGGUGGCCUUUACAGUGUCCCACAUACAUUGAGCAGAAAAGUAAUUCCUGAACUCUGUUCACGGAAAGUGAAAACAAAUUGGCAAAGACAUCUUAUAUACCUUAAUUAUUUAAAAUAGAGAAGGUAAUAGCUAAUAAACAGUUUUAAUUUUUAACUUUUAAUUUUUCUCCUAAAAAAAUUAAUACAAUAGAGACAAAACCCAGGCCUAGUCGACACUUUUAUGAAUGGUUUUAUUUGUCUGUAGGCAAAAUAAUUCACUGUUUAAAAGGUGUUUUUUUCCCUUAAAUAUAAAGAUACUGAAACUGUUACUGUAGCCCAAAAACCGUGAUACAUACCGAACUGUGGGCCCACUGUACCAUUGCACCCCUACUAGAAACAGGCUGAACAGUCUUAUAACAUUCUUACAACAGAAAUGUUAGAUAUAUUAACCAGAAUUGAGAUGAUUUCAUUCACCAACCUCAUUUACUGCAGUGUAAAAACACACAUACCCAUCAGCCCAUGAGCGCAGUCGCUCUGUUCGGACUGAACAGGCCCGUGUUUAACCCCUCUGGCUGCCGCUGUGAGCUGUAGGAGAGAUGAAGUAUGAGGAGCAGCUGUGUGAAAUGGACUACGACUCCCACAAUCCCCUGUGUGGGCCCCCCGCGGCCAUUCAGAGAGACUUGAGACGUGCCACUCCCUCUUGACCUUUUCAGCAGCGUGUCCCAUGGAUCUCCUCUCUCACGAGAGGACGAGGAUUGAGAGCCGUGCAGUCAAAAUCCUGAGGGACUGGUUUCUUUUUAAAGAAGAAUAUAUAUAAAUAUAUAUUUACUACUUUGUAUAUUUCUCGUGCUGCAUUACGAUGGAGAACAUAUCAUCUCGUUGUGUUUAUAUAGUGCUCACACUUGUAUAGUUGAAUUUUAUGUUAUGUAGUUUGAUCUUUUUGCAGGCUUUUAUUUUUUUCCUCCGGGAACUGUUGCUGGAGGAGGUGGAGGAGGUGAAGACGCUAUUCUGCGCUUUAGCUUUACAGCAAACGAGUUUUCUUUCUUUUCCAUUUAAUAACAAGUCAAUAAACGGUACCGUUGAACAAA